GUUUCGAAUUCGACGUCCACUAUAAAUUACCGGGAGGUGAUUGAUUGAUAUUUAGUCGAGUGCAGUGAUCGUCUGUCGUGUGAAUCGUUGAACUACCCAGUCGAAAAUGUCGUUGCGAAAUGUGCAGUCGGUGGGAUCGGGUGAAAGUGUGGUCAUAUCGGGGAUUGCCGGACGGUUCCCGCAGUCGGACGACAUGCGGGAGUUUGCUCGGAAUAUGUACGAAAAGCGGGAUCUGGUGGACGACAAGGAGACCCGGUUCAACCACUCGAUGCAGGCUAUCCCGAAACGGUUCGGGAAGAUCAAUAAUCUGCAGAAGUUUGAUCGACAGUUCUUUGGGUACAAUCGUCGGCAGCGGGAUACGAUGGAUCCGCAGCAGUGGAUGGCGUUGGAGCAUGCUUUCGAGGCUAUUCUGGACGCAGGGAUCAAUCCGGAAAGCUUGCGAGGAACAAAUACUGGGGUGUUCUGCGGAGUGUGCUUCUCGGAGUCGGGAGCACGCAUGUACUACAGUGCACUUGGCAACGUGGAGAAAGGGAUGGGACUGCAAGCUUUCAACAAGUCAUUCAUGGCGCUGAGAGUUUCCUAUACGUUGGAUUUAAAGGGACCGAGUGUGGUGGUUGAUACGGCUUGCAGCAGUUCGAUGUAUGCGUUGGACGUUGCUUACCGAAGCAUGCUGAACGGAGAUUGCGACGCAGCAAUAGUGACUGGGUCAAACCUGACGUUGCAUCCUUUCAUCUCAUACCAAUUUGCCCUGCUGGGUGUUCUGUCCAAGGACGGUUACUGCCGACCGUUUGACAAGGAAGCUUCGGGAUAUACGAGAUCGGAGGCAGUUUGUGCGGUGUUUCUUCAGAAGACCAAGGACGCGAAGAGAAUCUAUUGCCACGUCGUGCAUUCCAAAACUAACUGCGAUGGGUUCAAAGCGGAAGGGAUAACCUAUCCUUCGGGAUCGGUUCAACAGCAGUUGUUGCGAGAGAUCUACGAUGAAGUGGGGAUCAGUCCAACAGAGGUGGAAUACGUAGAAGCUCAUAGUACGGGAACCGUCGUGGGUGACCCGGAGGAGUGCGAUGCGAUCGAUAAGGUGUACUGCAAGGGACGCGAUAGGCCUUUGCUCGUAGGAUCAGUGAAGUCCAGCAUAGGACAUACGGAAGCAGCUGCGGGAUUGUGCUCGAUAGCGAAAUGUAUCAUCGCAAUGGAGUAUGACAGGAUUCCUCCGAACAUAAACUACACUGAGUGUCGAAAAGACAUACCAGCGUUGGUUGAGGGUCGUUUGAAGGUCGUUACGGAGGCUGUACCUUUGUUGGGACCGUUGAUUGGUAUUAAUUCGUUCGGAUUCGGAGGAGCUAACGCCCAUACUUUGUUGUGUCGCAAUUUGAAGGAGAAAAAGAAUCGCGGUGUACCUGAGGAUGAUCUUCUUAGGAUAGUUUUGUGGUCCGGAAGUACCCGAGAAGCUGUUGAAUGUAUGCUUCAGGACAUCGCCCAAAGGCCGUUGGAUGCUGAAUUUAUUGGACUGCUGCAUAACAUUGAAAAGAAGCCGAUACAUGGUCAUCGAUACCGUGGCUUUGGAAUCUACCAGAAGAAUGACGAAAAGCCGGCAAUUCUUAAAGAAUCCGGCAUCGAACGAGUGAAACUAGAAUCUCUUCCGACUGGUGCGAUCUUUGGAGGAAUCUACGUCAACUGGAAACAGGAUUUGGACAGUUUAAGAAAGAUUUCAUUGGUAAAUGAGUUCUACACAAAGUGCAGCGAGGUACUCAAAACCUUGAAGUUUGACCUGUACAAGGCACACCCACAGGACAAGAACCUUCUCUACAAUAUGGUUGGGUCAAUGGUGCUGCAGUUGUCAAUUGUUGAUCUACUAGUUUUGAGUGGGAUUAAAUUAGACUUCUAUGGAGGUCAUUCGAUCGGACAGCUUACGUGUGCUUACAUCGAUCGCUGUUUGACCUUAGAACAAGUUCUAAAACUAGCCUUCUGGCAUGGAUUAGUAUAUUCCGAUUGCCAUGCUGUCUGUGAGAAUGCAGCAUUCGUUCGUAUGACCUCCAAGUUAAACCAAGUUCCGCUGAAAAACAUUGCCAAGGAUUCAAAAGCUUCGUUCGGUAUCUUGACCACCUCGGAAAGAAAUCUCAUCGAGCAGGUGUAUCAACUGAAAUCGUCUGGUUUUAUGGCAGAAGAGCUAUCAUUCCUAUGUUUACGUUCUGCGCCAGCUUGUUCAACAUCAUUAAGUAACACACUCCGCCAGACCGUCAACGUUGUCCUGUCCAAGAUCAUAGACCCGUCGAUCAAGUGGAUAACUGCAAGGUCACCACAGGGAGGAUCAAUUUUCCACUCUCCGGCACUCCAUGAUGAAUCCUCAAUCGUCUACCUAUUCGAGAAGAUUCCCAGUCAUACAAACAUCCUGCAGCUGGGUACCUCACAAACCUGUGAGAAGGUUCUGAGGAUGCUUCAUCGACAUUCUCGUUGUCUAUACCCUGGAUCGGAAUCCAACGAUGCCUUCACCCGUCUGCUGAGUACGAUUGGCCAAUUACAUCUAGUUUCCCAAAAUCUGGACAUCGGCCAUCUAUAUCCUCCGGUUCAGUUCCCAGUAUCCCGUGGAACUCCGAUGAUUUCCCCUCUAAUCCACUGGGAUCACCGUGAGGAUGCCCACGUCGUCAAGUACACGUGGGAUCAAACAGCCAAGUCCCGAGCGGCCAUAAUCAACGUUUCGGUGUCCGGACAGGAUUGGAAGCACAUCGAGGGCCACAACAUCGACGGGAGGGUGCUCUUCCCGGCCACCGGAUACCUGAAGCUGGUUUGGGAUCACGUUGCGUAUCUUUCGCACUGCGAUUUGGAGGAUUUUGCUAUUGAGUUUGAGGAUGUGAGGUUCCUGAGGGCUACCACCAUUACCAAGGGACAAACUAUUCAGUUCAGGCUUUCCGUGGAGGAAGCGUCCGGGUUUUUCGAGGUAAUAGAAGGUAGUACAGUAGUUGUGACUGGGUACGCCCGUGAAUGGGUGGAAAACACCCAGGAGAUUUUCAGUGAUAAGGUGAGCUCGGCGGCAACGCUCCCCACGAAGGACUUCUAUAAAGAGCUCCGUUUGAGGGGCUACUACUAUUCAGGGCUGUUCAAGUCAGUAAAGGAGGCUAAAACGGACGGUUCAAUGGCAAAAAUACAGUGGAAAGGUAACUGGGUACCCUUCCUGGACUGUUUGCUCCAGGUGGGAAUUAUAGCAACUGACAGUCGGCAGCUAAUGGUACCGACAGUUAUUGAAAAGCUGUCCGUAUCGCCGCGGGCUCACAUGGAAAUGAUCGAGACGGAUGAAGAUGGUUCCGAAUUCUUCACGAUGAGAAGUUGUCUAUACACGAACACCUCUGUUUGUGGAUCGGUAGUGGUACGCAACCUGCGAGCUAGCAGCAUUGGGCGUAGGAAUCCUCCAGGCAAACCAGUGUUGGAAACCUAUCAGUUCGUCCCUUACCAUUCCGGUGAUCGAAUCUCGACACUGGAAGCGAUAAGAGUCAUUGUACAGUUGGCUUUGGAGAAUGCCCCAACAUUUUCUGUUAACGUUACUGAGGUACAUCAUUUGGAUUCAUCGCCAAUAAUUCAAAUGUUUGGUGAAGCCGUUGCGGACUUACCGUUAGUUCAGUCUAAUCUGACUCUAGUGAGUUCCAAGAAUAUUGAAUUGGAUGACGUCAACGUCCUGGACGAGAAAAUCUCCUCUUUAACUAACCAAAUGUUUUUGAUCACUAAUAACAAAUUAGGAGAUAAGGCAUUCAUUCAGGAAGCGAUCGGAAGUCUAGCCGAUUGUGGAUUCUUGAUAGUUCGAGAAACCCUUCAUAUGACCUGUGCAGAACUAGCCAUACCAUCCGAGUUCAACCUUGUGGCAUCGUUCCGUGUAGACCAGGAUGAAACGCUUUUUUGUUUGCAACGGAAACAUUUCACCGAAUCUUCUGCCGUCAUCAAACUAGAUCCAGUUGGAAAGAGCUGGCUUGCGGAUCUGAAGCAAGCGGUGAAAAGCCGUUCAGUAGUUCUGUACGCUCAGAACCACCCGACCUCUGGAAUCAUCGGCCUGGUCAACUGCAUCCGGAAGGAACCCAAAAUGCAAGACGUUCGGUGUGUGUUUAUCGACGAUCCAAAGGCUCCCCCUUUCGCAAUAGCUGAUCCAUUCUACAAGAACCAAUUAGACCUAGCCCUGGCAACUAACGUUCUACGUAAUGGCGUUUGGGGUAGCUAUCGGCACCAUCUGUUACCGAAGGUAGCAAAAACGGAAUCGGUAACAACUCAUUGUUUCGCAAAUAGUCUAACGAAAGGCGAUUUGUCCUCGAUGACGUGGUUUACGGGAGCACUCAACGAGAGGAACGUUGUACCGUACAAGGUGCGAGUGUCGUAUUGUACUCUGAAUUUCCGGGAUGUGAUGGUUGCCACCGGUAGACUGUCAUCAGACGUCAGCUCGUUCCAUCGAUUGGAGGAAGAUUGCGAACUUGGAUACGAGUAUGCUGGAGUGAUGGAGGACGGCCGUCGAGUUAUGGGAGUCAUGCCAUCGGGAGCAUUGUCCUCGAUUGUCAAUGCAGAUCCCUUGCUGUCUUGGACUGUACCAGACGAUUGGACCUUGGAAGAGGCUUGCACGGUACCAAUUGUUUAUAUGACUGUAUUGGUAGCGUUCUUCGUUAAAGCCAGUGUACGAAAGGGGCAGUCGGUCUUGAUCCAUGCCGGAAGCGGUGGCGUUGGGAUGGCUGCAAUACACAUUGCUCUUCAGCAUGGCUUGGAGGUGUUCUCCACUGUUGGCACUAAGGAAAAACUAGAAUUUCUGCUGAAGAUGUUCCCUAGCCUGAAACGGGAAAACAUCGGCAACUCGCGGGAUAUGUCGUUCGAGAAGAUGAUCAAACUAAGAACCAAAGGGAAAGGUGUGGACUUCGUGUUGAACUCGCUGGCAGAGGAGAAGCUUCAGGCUUCGGUUAGAUGUUUGGCAAAGGGUGGCCAUUUCUUGGAGAUUGGAAAGUUCGACAUGGCCAAGGACUCGCAGGUUCCGCUGGAUCAAUUCAAGAAAGGCAUCACGUUCUCUAGUAUAAUGUUGGAUACUGCGAUGCGAGAUUCUAUUGAAGUUAAACAGAGUAUUUACGAUGUGUUUCAAAACGCAAUCCAGGAAGGAAAAGUGAAGCCUCUCAAUACAACCGUUUACGAGGCUAGUGAGUUAGAGAAGGCGAUGCGUUACCUGGGUAGUGGAAAACACACCGGAAAAGUUGUGAUCAAACUUCGGGCGAAUGAAACGGAUAUUCAGACGUUGCCCAUUUCCUAUUACCCGAAAGUCUACUGUAACCCGGAUCAGGUGUACAUCCUUGUCGGAGGACUGGGAGGUUUUGGUUUGGAGUUGGCCGAUUGGCUAGUAAUUCGAGGUUGCAGAAAGUUGGUCUUCAGCUCUACGCGAGGCAUUUCGAAACCGUAUCAGGAGUACAGAAUCAAAAUAUGGAACAGCUACGGAACGCAGACUCCCAUAUGUACGGCCGAUGUUUCCACAGAGGAAGGAUGCCACACUCUCCUGAAGGAAGCUUCCCGCUACGGAUCGGUGGCAGCGAUCUUCAACCUGGCGGUCAAACUACGCGAUGCCAUUCUGGAGAAUCAAUCGGUGGAGAAAUUCGAAGAAUGCUUGGCACCGAAAGCGUACGCUACCGAGCACCUGGACAAGCUCAGUCGUAAAUUAUGCCCUGACCUGAAGCAUUUCAUCGUAUUCUCCAGCGUUUCUUGUGGGCGAGGAAAUGCCGGCCAGAGCAACUACGGUAUGGCGAACUCUGUGAUGGAGAGGAUCAUUGAACGAAGACACGCGGAUGGUCUUCCCGGUAAGGCCAUUCAGUGGGGCGCUAUCGGAGAGGUUGGGCUGGUUGCUGACAUGGCGGAGGAUAAGAUCGACUUGGAGAUUGGGGGAACAUUACAGCAGCGUAUCUCAUCUUGUCUGCAGGAGAUGGAUUAUUUGCUGACAUGUGAGGCUCCACUUGUAGCGAGUAUGGUCGUUGCAGAGAAGCGAGGUGGCGGAUCGAAGAACGUGAUCGAAGCCAUGAUGCACAUCAUGAACAUCAGGGAUCUCAAGUCACUAUCGAUGGAGAGUACUUUGGCGGAUAUUGGAAUGGACUCCUUGAUGGCGGUGGAAAUCAAACAGGUGCUGGAAAGAGACUUCGACAUUGUUUUGUCACCUCAAGAGCUGAGAACGUUGACUUUUGCCAAACUGAUCAAGAUGGUAGAUGAGGUUAAGCUGGCUGAGAAGAGUCGGGAAGCAGAUACUCCAACGGUCGGCCUGCAGUUGUUGAUGCGAAACCUCGGCAAUGAGGAAACAAGCGCAUCAACGUUGUUGCGGGUACCAUCAGCAAUUGAAGAAGGUCAACCUAUUAUUUUCAUUCCUGGAAUUGAAGGUGUUGCGGGCAACGUUUUGAAAGCAGUUGCAGAGCAACUUAAAGCCCCAGUAUACAUGCUUCAGUUAUCUGGAACGCUGGAAUGCGAAAGCGUUCAAGCUAUUGCCGAUAGCGUAAUCGAUGAGCUAAGCUCUAUCAAGUUCACUGAUUUCGCCAUUAUCGCUUACUCAUUCGGAGCAUUUGUGGGGAUGGAACUGGCAAGGAAGCUUCGGAAGCGUGGAAUCAGUGGAAAACUUCUCCUGCUGGAUGGUGCUCCUAAAUUCCUAAAACAUCUCGCUCUCAAACAACUAAACGGAAAUCCAUCGGACGAGGAAAUCCAAAAGUUGGUUAUAACAGCCAUGAUUUCCACCGCGUUCAAUCACCAAUCGAUCGAACGUAUUUCUUCCACAAUGCAAACGCAGUCGUUUGAGGAGCAGAUUGAAAAGUUGAUCGAACUGGGCGCUGAACAAACUCCUUACUCUGCGGAUUACACGAGAAAGAUGACCAAGGCUUUGUUUAGGCGCUUGAAAAUGGCGGCCUUCUUCAAUCUGGAUGAGUACGAAAUGCUGGAUGUACCGAUUACUCUGGUUCGACCGACGGAUGCAUCGUUUUCGGACAUCGAUGAGGACUAUGCGCUGUCCUUGUGUACCACGGGCGAAAUCACGCUUAAAAUUGUGGAAGGCAGCCACAUGACGAUGGUGGAAAACCCGACUCUGGUGGCGAUGAUCAACAGUUGGCAUGCGUGAUGUGGUUAAGAUAAUGAUCAUAUUUUUAGUUUUUAACUCUCCACAUCAAUAAACGUAUAUUUAUUCAUUUCA